AUGGAAGCAAAAAGCGAAGAGACCAAAACUACUGACACUAGUUUGAAUACAUCUAUCUCGAGCGUUGAUAUUGAAGAUGAGUUUUCAGAAGAGGAACUUAAGAAAGCUGAAGAGUUUAAAACAAAAGGAAAUGAAUCCUUUAAAAAUGGGAAAUUUGAUUAAGCUCUUGACCAUUAUUCAGAGGCUAUAUUCUGUAAAGUCACAAAAAAACAAAAGGCUAUUUACUAUUGUAAUAGAGCACUAGUUAACAUCAAACUUGAGAACUAUGCAGUUGCUCUAUUUGACGCAAAAGACAGUAUUAAUUGUGAUGAGACAUACCCUAAAGCCUAUUAUCGUAGAGGAUCUGCUUAUGUUGCCUUGGGGCAACUUGAUCUUGCAGUUAAGGAUUUCAAAAAGGUCUGCUAAUUAAUGCCAACAGAUAAAGAUGCUAGAGAGAAAUAUUUAUUGACUUAAAAGGAGUAUAAAGCAAGAGAAUUCGCAAAAUGUAUAGAGAAAGAUGACAUAAGAGUUAAUGUAAAUAUUGAUGAUGUUCCAGUUGAAUCCACUUAUACUGGUCCAAAAUUAAAUACUAUUGAUGAUUUGACUGAUGAAUGGGUUGUAGAAAUGAUGGGUUAUAUGAAGAGUGGCAAAGUUCUUCAUAAAAGAUAUGCGUAUAUGAUUAUAUUAAAAUGUAGAGAAAUCUUUGAAAAGGUUUAAUCAUUAGUUCAUAUUUCUGUACCAGAUGAUAAGGAAAUUACUGUGUGCGGAGAUAUCCAUGGACAAUUCUAUGAUCUUAUCAACAUUUUCCAAAUAAAUGGAAAUCCAUCCCAAAAUAAUCCCUAUUUAUUCAAUGGUGACUUCAUUGAUAGAGGCUCCUUCUCUGUUGAAGUUAUCAUUACAUUAUUGGCUUGGAAAGCUCUUUACCCCAAUCAUUUCUUCAUGUCUAGAGGAAACCAUGAGUCAAAAAAUCUAAAUAAAAUGUACGGAUUCGAGGGAGAAGUAAAACAUAAGUAUUGCAUUAAAACUUAUGAUCUCUUCUCAGAGCUUUUCUGCUACCUUCCAAUCUCUCAUUGCAUAAACAAGAAAAUCUUUAUUAUUCAUGGUGGUUUAUUCGCCAAGGACGGAGUUAAACUAGAGGAUAUUGCUAAAGUUAACAGAGUAAGAGAGCCUACUGAUGAAGGAAUAAUGUGUGAAUGUCUUUGGUCUGAUCCAUGCGAUCAAGAUGGUCGUCAUCCAAGCAAAAGAGGUGUCGGUGUCUAAUUUGGACCAGACGUUGCUCUAAGAUUUAUUGAAGAUAACAACUUAAAGCUCGUUGUAAGAAGCCACGAAGUAAAGCAAGAGGGCUACGAAUAUUAAAAAGGUGGUAAAGUAUUAACAGUCUUCAGUGCUCCUAAUUACUGUGAUUAAAUGGGAAACAAGGGAGCAUUUGUAAGAUUCAAUGGAGGGGAUCUUGAACCAAAGAUUACUUCUUUCGAAAAAGUUGAUCAUCCUAAAAUCCCACCAAUGGCUUACGCUUCACAAUGGAAUAUGUUCUGA